UGCCAGUAGGCAAUGGCUAACUUAAAUUCCGGUAUACAUCAACUAAAAAUGUUAUUUCAAGUACAGAAAAUCUUUCUAAAUCUGUACGGGAGUAGAGAUAAUAGCCAACCAGUUUUAGCAUUGUCACCACGCCCAUUUCCGCCACGCCCAUUUUUGACUGUCUGAAAAGUGACUCUAUUUGCCAGACUCUCUCCCCGGAAGGAGUCUGGCCUUGAGACAGGUAGUUCAGCGGAGUCCAACCCAGUCCAACCACUGGUGGCGAAGUGUGGUUGGACUCCGCCCCAACUAGGGCCAGGGUCAUUGUGUUUGACCUUUUCAACCGGUAAACUCAAAAGCUGAAAAGUACAAGUGGUAUUAUAUAUCUAUUGGCCAUAAUUAUGGCCUGGUGGCAUGCAGAAGGAACUAGCUGCUUGCAUUAGCCAUAGCCAUAGCCCACCGUUGCUAUUAAACUUUAAUUUAAAGGUUGACUACAGAGGACUAUCCUAGAGAUGAGUUGCAACAGCACCAGUGACACAGAAACUGGACUUCCUGGGGGGAAUUUUGAGUCAAAAUUCUCUCUCUACUCGACUGAUACCGAGGAGCAGGUAGCAUCAGUGAACCGAGGUCUGGACAGGUGUGCUGCUCUGCUCAAAACCCUCCUAACUCCAGACAAAGAUGGUGGCCAAGCAGAGGAGGACAGUCAAGAUAACCAGGAUAACUGCAAUGGCGGAGACAAGGGCAAAGAGAAUCAUCCACCAAAUGCUCUCUCCAGCAAGCUCACUACUUUGAAAACAACUGGCCAAAGCUCCGCCAAGACUGUCCACUCAGAGGGUCAGAAGCACACCCAUCCUCACGCCUGCUCCACACCCCUCAGACCACCCCCUGUGCCGAGGGCCCUCAACGAUCCAGUCAACCAACUACCCACUGACAGAACUACUCAAGACACCACUGGACAACCAGUCAUAAAAGUUGACAACCAACAACAAGAAGGUGGCCGAGUUGUGACAUUUGGUCAACAAAAGGAGAUUGGCAAAAGAAGAACCAAGAGAGCUCAUCGAAGGCUACAAACUGAGCCAAGAAAACCGUUUGUUGUGUCGAGGAACCCACCCAAGACAAGACCUCAGAUUGAGGUCAGAACCAGGCCCUCUCGUCACCAUCCUACACACACGGCCACUGGAGGGAAGCCUGGAGCCUCAGUCAAACACUCUACCUUGACCAAGAUGUCUCCUUCAGUAACAACUACCCACCAUCACAACAACACUGAAACUCCACCAAAGUAUUCGUACCCACUGUAUGCUCCUCUACCGUAUCUCUCCUACAUACCGUACCCACCCACUUCCUCAUCACCACAUCCACCCUCUGCCCUGUCAGCAACAAGUAAGAUAGGUCCCCCUCCACCUUGGUUAUCAUGCUUCCCUCUUCUCAAUGGAUGGAUAUCCAAUGGCAACAAAUUGACUACCUCCACACCUACUACUUCUGUCUCCAAUGGCCCUGUGAUGUUUGUCCCUGUUCCCAUACAGCAAGGAACAUUAGAAGAACCUACAAACAAUGUUCAUCCAGCUACAACUAUCAUGCAAUCAUCUUCAAGUGCUGCAACUUCCAAGACAAUUGCAAGAACGGAUACACACUCUGUAUUGCCAUCGACUGUGGGGGGUGAACAGAGACGCUGCAGCUCUGCUCCUCUGACAAGACCCCCAGCUGAGAGUGUUCAUGGUGUGAGGGAGAUGGAGAAAUGUUUGAUGAUGGAGAUUGCUAAUAUCGAGCAGGGAUUAGCAUCAACAGGUCACUCUGAGUUGACCUCUUGCCUGGACCGCCUGAAGAGCUGUGUGCCCGAGCAGUGUAGGCAACUGGAGAACCCUCUCCCAACUCUCUCCUCUCAUUGGAUGCGGCAAACCGAACAGCUAGAGCAAGAGAAGGCACAGCUGUUACAACGAGUGAUACAGAGUGAGUAUGCUUACUCGGAGGCUAUGGGACAGUUAGAGCUAGCCACGAAGGAGAGGAGCUCCUUUCACGACCUAGUGGAGACUCAUCGCAGACAGCUGGUAGUGCUGAGAGAAGACCUACACUCGGCUAAAGAGGCACUGACUCUCAUCGACUCACAACACAGCCUCACCAAGGAGGGACACAGUGAGGAGAGAAGGCUGGUUGAGCUUCAUUACAGGGAACUAGAGGAUGAGCACAAAGAGUUGAAAGAGAAGGCAGCUCACUUGGAGACAGAGCUGUCCACAGUCAGAAAAGGGAGUCUUGGAUUCCCUGGUCGUCUGUCAGAGGUCCAGUGCUCCAUAGAGAGGGCUCAGGAGGAGCUGGACAUGAUACGGGUGACCAUUGCUGAGAAAGACACACAGCUGCUGCAUGCACAUGACCAACUUCUAGGAUUGAGACAGUGUUUUGCACAUGUUCUGGCAGGAUUGAAACCGGUGGACAUUUGCAAGUCAUGUGAUCACACUCAUCUAUCACGUGACAACGGGUAUGAAAUAUCCUCCCAACUGGUGGACAAGCUUCAAUCUUUGGUCAACGAUGGAAAUGUGGAAAGGUUUCUACUGGAAACAUCAAGGAGUGGCACUCACGACAACACGGCUGGUGGGGACAGCAACAACUGCUCAGACACCAACUCCAUACUACCGGAGGCAGAACUAGAUUUGACACUGACUGAGUCACAGACGGAGGAACCUCACGAAUUCAAUAGCCCUCCGAGAGGCCCUGCUUCAGUAAGCUCCGCCUCGAACCCAGUCAUCACCCCUCUCAAUCUGUCGUCUGAACUCCACCCCCUAUCUCCACCCACCAGCGAGGCCUCCACCCUAACCAUGUCUCAUUUCAAUCACCUACUCCCCCCCUCAAGUAUGAACACAAAUAGCUUAAGGACGGACUCCCCUCUGAGCAGCAGUGUGGGGGCCAGGGGCCAGCUGGACACACAGAGCUGUUUGACCACAUCCAGUGAGAUGGAGUUCAAAACAGACCUUGCUAGUUUGGACGCUGAUAUAGCUAGACUGCAGAUACAGUUCAGAGUGGCAUUGAAAAAAUCCUCUUAGUAUGUACGUAUAAUGUUGCAUCUAUGUACGUGUGUAUCAAUGAUUGUGCUCAUUCUUGUCACUAUAAUUAAAAAUUGAUUGUGAUCUUCA